GGGGGGGGAUAAGGAAAAGCUCCAAUUCGAUGAGGGUAAACAAAGGUAUUGGGAAAUACUCGGUCACUCAUCUUAACAACUUACAGAGAAACUUAGGCAACUAAGGCAAAGAACUAAUACUAGAGGAAAGAUACUGACGAAAGGAAAACUUAGAAACUUAUAAACUUCACAAGUAAAUUAGAGAGGAUUUUCUCUCACUAGAUUUCUUUCUCUCACUAGAGAUUGUUUUUUUAAUUUCGAAUUCAACUUACAAUAGUACAAGUUAUACAUUGUGAAGUUUUGAGCAUUAUUUCUUCAUUGCUAAUCUUUCCUUAAUCUGCAUCCUAGCUUAUACUAGAUUGAUUGUUGUUCUGCCUUCUCUAACAAUGGCCUCAGAACAGGAUUGUGAUCAACAGGCUGAGAUCAAGGCUUUUGAAGACUCGAAAGCUGGAGUCACGGGCCUCGUUGAUGCUGGGAUAACUAAGAUCCCUAAUAUGUUCAUACAUGAACAUCACAGCCUCAAUAACAUUAACACCACCAAUUAUGGCACAUAUAAGUCUUUUGAUGAUGACAACAAGAACAAGAUCCCCUUGAUCGAUUUCAAGGGGAUCGAGGACAAAGAUGGAGGUCGACGUGAGGAGGUAAUGGAGCAAGUUCAAAUAGUGGCUUGUCCCGAGCCAGAAUUGACCAUUGGCUCGGCUACUCAUGCCGAUAGUGGCUUCAUAACUAUACUCCUCGCUAACCACAUCCCUGGCUUACAAGUUCUCUAUCAAGGUCAUCAAUGGCUCGACGUCAUCCCUAUUCCUGGCUCACUUGUUGUUAACAUGGGAAAUUUGAUGCAGUUGAUUACCAACAACAAAUUUGUGAGUGCAUUGCACAGGGUAAUAGCAAGCAAAGAAGGGCCAAGGAUUUCAAUGGCAUGCAUUUUUAGAACUCACUAUUAUCCACCUAAUUCCGCACAACUUUAUAAACCAAUUGAGGAGCUUUUAUCAUCAGAAAAUCCUCCCAUUUACCGUGCUGUUACUGUUAAGGAAAUCAUCUCAAACAAACAUUCAACAAAUCCUGGGAGCAUUGGCAAUGCUAUUGAGAAAUUUAAGCUAUGAUAUUGGUCGUCAUCACUUACAUUACUCAAUCGUACGUAUUUGAAUCGAAGAUGAUGUUCUUAACUUGAAUCAAAGGGAGAGGGGAAAACAAUAUAACCCCUUGUGUACGUUGUGCUCACUUAGUUACGUUAAUAAACUAAUCAUGCGAGAUCUUAUUUUAAAAUCAAAAAAUUAUAUUGUGAAGGUAAUAUAAACCGUUUAUUUCUGAUAAUUUAGUAUUUUGCCUUUUAUAUUUGCCAAACGUAUGAACACGUAGUAAGCCUAGCCUAGGAAUUAUAAACUAUAUUUAUGAUUUAUACUGUAUGAUAGAAUACAUAGAUUAGUCAUGGAUUUCAAUCAUCAGCUUAACUUUAAAAUUGAGAUAAUUAUUUGACGUAAUAACAAUAACAUGACAAAAAAGUCACAUAUUCAAAAGAGUGA